AUGGGCCUAAACGUCCGGCCGCAGAGAGACGUGGUGAUACGCGUACCAAAGGUCAUACAGAAGCUGGAUGCCACGGUCACGACAGCACGCGGCUCGGGGAACACAGCUGCCAAGGGCAAGGAGCGCACCAUUGAUUUUGACACGGCUUCUCUCGAGGGCAUGGAGCGUGUUGCGGAAGAGACGCAAGGAGGGGAAGAAGAGGAACGAUUACCAGUUGGAGACCGAUCGCCUUUCAAGGCAGACUUAUCGAGUUUGCCCAGUGAUCCCAGGCAAGCGAGUGCUAUAAAGUCGUACGCGUCUGCUGCUGAGUGGAACUCGCUUUUAAUAUGGGCUAGAGCAAACAGAGGCCCGCAGUGGGAUGCUGCGACAGGCUUGUGGCACGUGGACAAAGGCAGUCAAGCAUACUACUCGUUCUGUUCGAAUCCGCGCCAAUCGGAGGAAGCAGCCCAAGUGCAGAGCGGCGCAGCAGACGAUGACGAGGAUGACGAUGCUGGCCCCCGAAGGCGGGCGACGCAGCGGGUGCAGGAUCGUGAUAGUAGCCCAAUCCUUGGGCCAGGCAAUUCCGUCCGGUCUGCGCGCGGACGACGUGGCUGA